CCUCGCUCCCACAUCCCUACAUCCUUCUAACCUUUCUCCCGCUCAGUCCUCUCUAUCUAACAAUCUGCUACAAUGCCGAAGAGGUAUUACGAUGCGAUCGAUGAUGGCGCUCCGGGCGAGGACGACGCGCGCUAUGCGAGUGCGACGUAUAACAGUCUGACGGGUCUGCCGACUCACCAGUUGCCUUCUAUGCAUUCACAUACAAAUGCUUCUCAACAACAGCAGAUGCAUGGGUAUGCGACGUAUGCGGGUCAGCCAUUUGCUAGUGGCUCAGGAGUAGGAGCGGGAGGAGCUAGCACUAGUAAUAGUGCGAGUGGGAGUGCGCUAACUCCGUUGUCUAUACCCUCGCUCUCAGUCACGCCUCCUGCAAACUUGAAUCACCACCACCACCCUCUUCCUCCGAUCCCACCGUCCUCUACUGCUUCUACCUUGUCUUCUCUCCCUUCCGUCUCUUCUAGCGUGCCUAGUACUGCUGCUGCUUCAACUGUCGCGUCUACUUCUACCGCAGGUUUAGCCACACAAUCACAUCCACAUCCACACUCUCAAGGCACGACAUCAAAUAAUAACAACAACAACAACAACAAUAUCAAUAAUAGCAGUGUGGGUAUCCCACCGGACGCACCACCGCAUAGCGAGAUGGUCGAAGGCGAGGAAAGCUAUACCUACCGAGUGACUCCCGAGAUCCGCGAGACGCUGUUCCGCGAGGUACAUGGACGCCAGUUGAACACUAUGCAGCCUGUGUAUCAGUUACCGGCUGAUGAGGAUGAGAUUAAGAGACACGAAUACUUCCACAAAAUGAUGUACAUCGUCAUGGGGGACAAGAACUGGGUCGGGCCAAUGGAAGAGGUCCUCAGCGCUCCGUCAGAUAGGAAACGUCGGGUCCUCGAUAUUGGAUGCGGGAGUGGAAUCUGGGCUAUACAGAUCGCGGAUGAGUUUCCCGAGGUUGAGGUGGUUGGGUGUGACCUUGCCCCGAUUCAACCGGAUAUGGUGCCACCGAAUUGCGACUUCGAACUCUUCGACGCACAACUAAACCCCUACCCGGAUGAAUACUUCGACGUCGUACACGCCAGGAGUGUACACACAGGAAUCCGUAACUAUUCUCUCUUCCUCGAAGAAAUCGGUCGAAUCCUCGCACCAGGCGGGCUAGUCAUGCUCGUAGAGAGUGAAGUAAAAGCCCUCACAGAAGGGAAGAUUCCUAUUGACGCCGGACCGCGGGGUGGAGCUCCUGGUUGGCACGCAUUUUGGGAACAGUAUAGGAGGUGUUUAGCGGGGAAUCAUAUUGAUACUACUGUUCCGACUAGGUUGGGAGCGCUUUUGAGGGCUACGGGAGCGUUUGAGGAGGUUGUUGCGCAGGAGGCGACUGUUCCUGUUGGGUUUUGGCCGAAGGACGAGAACCUCCUAGCAGUAGGCGAACACGCCUGGAUGGACCACGACCGCUUCAUCCCGGGUGUCCGACCCUUAUUCCUCUCAUACGGGCUAUCAGAGUUUAGGGUGAAGAUCCUGGUGGAGGACGCUCAGCAGGAUUUGUAUUAUCCGUUGACGAGGCCUUAUUCGUGUGUGCAUGUGAGUCAUGCGAGGAAGAAGGUGUCGUGGACCCCGCCGAGGAGGAGGACAAGGAGGUUGAGGCGAUGAUAAGAGGAGGAAGGAGCGAGGAAGAAGGGAGAGGAGGAGGAGGGAAGGAGGGGAGGGGAAGAAGGGGAUUGUAUUUGUAUUUUUCUUUCUUUCUUUCUUUUUCUUUCUUUUCUUUUUGCAAAAUGCAACGGAGUUUGUAGUUGUUUCUUCUCACUUUGCUUCAACACGCAGCUUUUUCACGGUUUCAUCUUUACCCUUUUUUUCUUCUCUCCUUAAUUUUCGUAAUUUCGAGGAACGUGAAAGCUAGUCUUUCUGUCCCAUCUUUCUGUUUUUCCUUCUUCUUAAUUCCUUCAACGUUGUUACGUUCUGGUGGUUUCCUUGUAAUUUUUUCUCUUCAACACUGGAUUUACCCCUCUUCCUUUGCAACCUUCUUUGCUUUGCUUUGGCUUUUCCGUUUUUCUAUCUCUGUUGCAUGUGGUUGUAAUUGCGAUUGUACGUCUUGUUUUUCUAUUCCUGUUUUAUCCCAUUGCUAUCCUAUCUGUCUAUCUGUCUCAUUUUGUGUCCAUCUGUCAUUUCAAUGUGCUGCUUGUUACACUUGUCUGUCGUUGUCGAAAGUGCUUUCUGUCUCUUCAGGUUUUUCUUUCAUUUCUUUCUGCAUUGGCUUUGGCGUCUAGUUAAUUGGUGUAAAUACCCCUCCUCCCCUCCUUCAGCGUAACCUUCUUUACUUUUUACCUCCUCCCUCUCUUC